AUGUGGUCCCUUGGGCGACCAUCGGUCUCGUCAGUCCUGGGAGCACUGGCGAUUGUACCCUUGCUUCUAGUGGGUGAUAGGGUCGUUGCGAAACCGUGUGUGGGUUUCGACUCCAACUGGGGACUGUACGUAUUCGGGCUUGACCGUGAUGUCAGCCUUGGGCCGUCUAGCAACUGGAACGCCAAUCGCAGACCGUACGUCGGUGAUAUUGCAUACCCCGCCCGCCUCUUUUCCUACCCCUCUCAUCUGUCGAUUUAUCCGCCCUCCGCUACACGCUUACUGAUAACUGUCCCAUCAUUUCUAGACCUUUCAAUGGCACGAAUACUCAACGCCGAUACGACCCAGCCUAGCAACAUACACAUCUUUAGCUUUGAUUCGCAGAGCUGGACGACGCAGGGAGUUGCUGCCAAUGGCGUAGAUCCCAAGAAUGUUACCGCGAUCCUGGAUCGCGACACCAACGUCUUCUUUGGCCUCUCUAACUCUCAACUCUACUCGCUCGAUAUGGGUGAUUUGUCACAUGCAGAUGGAGGUACCCGAGGAUGGGGAUAUGUCCAGAAUCCGCCAUUCGCGCAGAAUGGUGCUUACCCCAGUCCGGUCAUGGCCCUCGCACAGAACCACAUUCACUUUUUGAACGUUGGAGCGGCUGCUACUGUCAAUAUCUUCGUCAUCCAUUUCUCGUAUAUGCAGCCCGAACAGCAAGUCUUUGCUCCCAGUGAAAAUGGUGGACAGGGAUUCCCCUCUGUAAAGGGCCAUACCGCCACCAUCUUCAAGGAUAUACAGUCGACGCCUCAAAAGUUUGCAUUCAUUCCCGAUGACGGGAGUGCGACCUUUAUCUUUGAUACGGUGAGGAUGCAAGGACCAACGGAUAAAUCGACAGUGAUGCUCGCUGCCAGUCAAACGGAAUUGGUCCAGAUGACAACCUCAGGCGAGGUCUAUUGGAUUCCAUUGAACCAAGACGACCCCGCGCCCAAUGCUAGCGCUGCUUGGAAAAAGCUUACCUUGCCAUUACAUUUGCCCGCCGCGUCGACGAAUUCGACGAGGUCUGCAGACAACACUCCAGCAUCGACGCCAACACCAGCUUCUAUGGCCUCGCUAUGUUGCCCAUCAACCAAGGCGUAUCGUGACCGCCCAAAUCAAGCUCAUGAGGCAAAGUUUACUGCAUUUUUGAAUAUAUACCCCAGUGUCAUAGUUGAAUCAUCUGGAUCCAGUGCCUCUUCGAUCAAGAAAGCCUAUCCGUUUAUCGUGCAGCUCCUAGAGAAACAGGGUGAUGAUGCACCAGUUCGCAAACGCUACUUUGCCUGCCAGGAGGUGGAGAAACCGAUGGUCCCUCCCAUCUCUACCCACACCAGAAAGAAGUCAGAGGGCUCUUCGGUCCCUAUUUAUCGACCUCCUAUCAAUUCUACAACAUCGACUAAUGCACAACCCAUGAGAAAGGCUUCAUAUUCCUUUGGUUUAAGCAAGGCUCUACUACCCAACUCCCCCCUAAGGGCAACCCACAAUGAUCAAGAAAACAAGGAAUAG